UGUUACUGCACCAUUGGGUUCUAAUGACAGAUUGAGUAUGACUGUGAAGAAUGAGAACAGCAGCUUAGGUUCUAUACAUGGUUCUAUGACAUCAGACAUCGACAAUACUUUAUCAGCAAAUGUUAUCAAUGGCUCGGGAUACUGCGAUCUAUACCACGGCAAAUGGUUUUUUGACCACUCUGGACCACUAUAUAUAUUGCAUUCAUUUUCUGCAAUGUUUGAUCUACUUGAUAUUUGAUUUAUUGUAUUCAUAAAUGUAUGAGGUAAUCCAUUUUCAUAUACCAGUUCUAUUAACAAUGAGAUAUAGAAUUGUAAAGAGAGAAAAGCCUCAUCAAGCCAAAAGUUGCUGCCCAUGGGAAUCUGGUAGAAGUUUUUAAGACAGAAAAAAUCAAUCGGCAGGAGUGAAUAGAUGUUAAAAAUUGCUGAAGAAAAGAUCUCUAAUUGGCUAGAUUUAAUAUAUUAAAAAAGUGUAUGCUUCAAAUUUAGUGAUAGCUUCAAUUUUUUUAAGGUCAAAUUUAGUGAUAUUAUGUUCUUCUACUAGUUAGUUUCUUCAUAAUUGCCUGCUUUUAACUAUGUCAUUAAUUUGGAUUAAGAUAUUUCUAUAUUAAUGAAAUUACGCAUUGUGCAUCUUAAUGGUCCUUUUUAUUGUUUUGGUUAUUUACAUGUGUCAUUUCAACUUUAUGUCAGUUAUGUCGCACGGUAUGUCUGAUAAAGAAUAUUGUCCAACUUCUAAUAUAGAAUCAUUGGAAUCAUCUACCGAGAGAGAAGCUGUAUCCAAGAGAAAAAGGACUUCAAAAGUAUGGAUUGAUUUUAUAUUGGUUACAUAUAAAGGAGAAGAUUUUGCAAAGUGCAAACAUUGUGGAGAACGAUUGAAAGCAAGCAGUGGUCAUGGAACUAGCCAUUUAAGUCGACAUAUAAAAUCUUGCUUAAGUAGGCAAAUCAAUGAAGGAAAACAAAGAACUUUAGCUCUUGCAGUCAAUGAUUCUGGUGCCGCUUCUGUAUCUAUACAAAAAUUUGACAUGGAGUCUAUUAGAAAGUUGAUGUCAAAGUGUGUAAUAGCACAUGAGCUUCCAUUCAAUUUGGCAGAAUAUAAAUAUCAUAAUAAACUUCUUCAAGCUUGCAAUCAUAGGUUCGUUCCAUUUUCUAGAAGAACUAUGAAAAGAGAAAUUCUGUCAAUGUACAAGAUUGAGAAAGUCCGACUUGAAGGAUUUAUAAAUGAUUCUACCCAGCGAGUUUCAUUGACAUUUGAUAUGUGGACUUCACAGCAGACAUUGGGUUAUCUAUGCGUGACAGGACAAUAUGUUGAUAGAUAUUGGAAGUUGCAUGCUCAUAUGUUCAGUUUUGUACAUGUACCUCCACCACAUAAUGCAAAUAGUUUGUGUGAGGCUUUAUUAGAUUGCAUCUCUAAAUGGAACAUUCAGUCAAAGUUGUUUUCUAUUACUGCUGACAAUUGUUCGACGAAUGAUAGUGCAAUAACUACAUUGACAAGGAACUUAGGAAGAAGACAUCUUAUUCCAAUGCAAGGGCAACAUUUGCAUAUUCGCUGUGGUGCACAUAUCCUAAAUCUUAUGGUUCAAGAUGGUAUGCAGGAUCUGCAUGAUACAAUUUCAAAAGUUCGUGAAAGUGUUAAAUAUGUAAAGGGAUCACCAAAGCGGUUACAUUCCUUUAAGGUUUGUAUAAGAACAGUGGGCUUGAUUGGUACAAAGAAAUUAACCUAUGAUGUUCCAACUCGAUGGAACUCUACAUAUAUUAUGUUGAGAGAUGCAUUGUUCUACAAAGAUGCAUUUCAACAUUUGGUUUUUGUGGAUCCCAAUUAUAUAAAUUUACCUUCUGAGGAUGAAUGGUCUUAUGCAACUACCUUGUGCCAAUUUUUGAAGUUAUUCUAUAAUGUUACAAAUAUCUUCUCUGCUACUAGAAAUGUAACAGCUAAUGUGGUUUUUGAAGAAAUACAGAAGGUACGCAACCAUUUGCAUACACAUAGUGUGGCAGGCAAUGAUUAUAUAAAAUCAUUAGCCAUCAAAAUGCAAGGAAAAUUUGACAAAUAUUGGAAAAAUGACUACAAUGUCCUCUUUGCAAUUGCAUUUGUCUUAAAUCCCAGGUCCAAAUUGGGAUAUUUGAAGUAUGUGCUUGAGAAAUUAAAUGAACGUGAUGCAAUGGUACAAUAUAAAAAAGUAGAGAGAAGUCUUCAUGAAUUGUAUGCUGAGUACAAAAUUGUGUAUGCAACAUAUGAUGAAGAAAAUGAGAAUGCAAACAACACCAAUGUGGAAUUUGAAGAAGAGAGACCUUCAAUUUUUUCAAGAGAUGCCUUCUUCACAUAUUACAUGAGUUCUGUAUCUCCUUAAGUACCUCGCACAGAUCUGGAAGCAUAUUUAACUGAUCCAAUAGAACGUCUUCGACCCAAUGAAAACUUCUGUAUAUUAAAUUGGUGGAAGGAAAAUGAAAGUAAAUAUAGAGUUUUAUCCAAAAUGGCUCGAGAUAUAUUGGCAAUCCCUAUAUCCACGGUUGCAUCUGAGUCUUCAUUCAGUACAACUGGAAGAAUUAUUAAUGAUUAUCGAUGUUCUACCACUCCUGAAACUGUUGAAGCACUAGUUUGUACACAGAGUUGGAUUCGUGAUGAAGAUAACUCAUGCGAAAUGUAAGAUGUUCAUUGUUUAAUGUCAAAUUUUGCUCAUUCCUUUUGUUUUUUAUGAUAUACUAACAUUGUAGUUUGCUUGUGGUGAUGUGUCUUUUGUAGUUUUGAAGAUAAGGAGGACUCUUCUGGUGACGAAUUAGCAUGAUUCAUAUUUCGUUGUGGUAAAAUGUUAUAACAUUUCAUUCAUAUUUCGAAUUAGCAUGUCCAUAUAAAAGUGCAGGAGGAAUGAGCAAGUUUGUAUGUAAAAUGUUAUAACUCUCUUUUAGCCUUUUAUAUGUGUAGGUUUUAUUGAAUUAAUUUUUACUUGUGUUUUCUACUGUUGCUCUUGUAGGUGAAAUCCAAGUUUGUCAUUGGGCCAUUGCAAGUGCAGAAGCAGCAGGAUUGCAAUCAUGGUGGACAUAGAGGAGGACUGCAAUCAUGGUGGACAUAGAGAUACAGGGUUAUUCAGAUUUGUUAGUGAAACAUGUAACUAGGCCACUGAUUAAGUGAUUUUCAUUUGUCUAUAGACCCCUUAGAGUUAAAGGGUUAUUCAGAUUUGUUAGUAUAUCUGAAACAUAUGCUUGUUAAAUCAUAUUGAACUGUUGAAGCUAACCAAAUGAGCAGCGGUGCUGCGUUGGUGUUGGCCUUGGUGGAUACAGGCACACAAUUGCAUUUGAUAGUGUAAAACAGUCUUAUGCACUUGAUGAUCAACUGCACCUUUGUGCAUUAUAAGAAAAUGGAUUAACUUGUGCAGGAUUUCAAAUCUAA